GAGUUGCGCUGUCCGUUUCCGUCUUUAUUCCGCUCGUGUCAGCUACAAGUUCGUUGUCAGCUACGACGCAGUGUAAACCGUAAAAUGUAGGGAGCGAAAUAAAAACCAUGUUUUGAAAAUAUUGUGUUUGCAUUCAUUCGCUCAAGUACCCGACCGGCUCAAUCUCAGGGCAGAUUAGUCGAUCUAGUACACCAAAAGACAAUUUCAAGUGUUCAGAUACACGCAAAUACAUUAGAUUAUUUUUGUGCGAUAGAUGAGAAGGCGAUGAUGUCAGUGUUCAAAAACGCGAUCGAGUGUCUGGCCGUAUUGAACAGUUCCAGUCUGCGGGAUCCAUACGAUGCCGUCUUUCUUGAAAUCCUCCCGUCAUGGAUGUUUACAAUGGAAUACGUCCCUUGGUUAUGGGCCAUGAUUGGCUCGAUUCUGGUGGGACUCAGUGGCGUGCUCCCCCUGCUUAUUAUACACGUUGAUGAGAGUGACAUUUUGAAGCAAGGAGCGAGUGCCAACUUCCUGAAAACCAUCCUAGCGUUCGCAGUUGGAGGUUUACUCGGCGAUGUUUUUCUUCAUUCUUUACCAGAAAUAUGGGAAAGAGAAAUUACGACUAAAGGUCACCAUGGAUUGGGAAAUGGCCUCCUGAUCUUAACUGGGUUGGUGGUAUUUGUGAUGGCCGAAAAAAUAUUUACUGUGAUAGGAGAAAUGACGGAAAAAAGUGUAGCAACGAACAAUAUUCCAGAAAACAAUAAUAUCAAAGGAGCAGUUAUACCAAAUAAGAAACAUAUUACAGGUUACCUAAAUUUAUUAGCGAAUACGAUAGACAACUUCACCCAUGGUUUAUCGCUGGGAGGGGCUUUCCUCAUAUCCUGGAGAUCGGGAUUAUUCACAACUUUCGCCAUAUUGGUCCACGAGGUACCCCACGAAGUAGGGGACUUCGCCAUUUUGCUCAAAUCAGGGUUCUCCCGAUGGGAUGCGGCUGUGUUCCAGUUGCUCACUGCCAGUGGCGGCCUCUUUGGGUCUCUGGCCGCGCUCUUGUUCAGUGGAGCCGCUAAUUCUAUAGAGGCUAGGACAUCAUGGAUACUGCCAUUCACGGCUGGAAGCUUUCUACAUAUCGCUUUGGUGACAGUCUUACCAGAUCUUCUGAAGGAAGAAGACCCGAAGGAGUCCAUCAAGCAACUCCUAGCUCUAAUCUCGGGAAUUGGAGUGAUGGCCUUCAUCGCCGUUUUCGUCGAAUAAGCCGGUCAGAGACGCACCGAAUCCACCACUUUGUUGCCAUAUUUCAGAUUCUUAGGUCAGUAACAUUGAUAUUUUUUUAAACCUUCAAAUUUCCUCAAAACUGGAUUAAGACUCGUCAGUUGUUGAUUUUACAGUCACGUCAUAUUUUCUCGCGUCCUUUUUGUAAGGGGUACUCCACCGAAAAGUUGAUGUGAAACAAAAAGUUUUAAUUUGUUAUGUAUCUACUGUAUAAUACAAUUUCCAGACUUUUAUUAUUCACAUUGUAUUGUUUAGGAUGCUCUAUUAAGUCGAGAAUGUUCAAAUUAAAUUUUUUCAUUGAUUACUAUUAGGGAAAUCGGAUAUUCCGAACAGGAAUAUCUUGAUUGAUAAAUGUGAUACUGAACGACAUUCUCAAAGAUUGUACAUUGGAAUUAUGCCACGUUUUAGAAAGUACUUAAGGAUAAAGUGCUCUUAUAUGUGAAAAUGUUCUCCGUUUUAUAUCAUGUGAAUAAAGAAUGUAAAUAAAUAUAGAAUGUAAAUGAAUUUAAA